UUAGUCUUAAGCAACAUGGAGGGUGGACCUUUCGACGACCCCAUCUUCCCGGAUUUUGGGGGCCGAGGGGGCGCCGGGGUACACAGCAUCCAGGUGAUGCUCCACGGCAUCCACGGGGCCCACCACGGGGGGGACCUCAUGCCUCCCGGAGGACACCUCCAUAAAUUGGACUCCUCCAACAGCCCUCCGUCUCACCACCAAGGCUCUCAUCACCAGAGCUCGCAUCACCUGCAACAGCAGCAUCAGCAGCAACAGAAGGAGCUCAAGGAGCUGGAGAUCGUCGGGAUGUACGCACCUCUUCCUCAGGCUCAGGACAUCACCACGUCCACGUCUUCGGCGGCUACCCCGACCUCCACCACUCUGCAGCAAAGCCUUCAACUCGGCAACUCCAUGAAGAGGAAGCAGGACGACCCCAUGAACUCUCUCGCUCCUGUGAACAACGAGGCGCAGCCGGCCAAGAAGGACUCGAAGAAGAAGACUGACAACAAUGGGAUCAAGAAAAAGAAGACCAGAACAACGUUCACGGCGUACCAGCUGGACGAGCUGGAGAAGGCGUUCGAGCGAGCUCCGUACCCCGACGUGUUCGCCCGGGAAGAACUGGCCCUGAAGCUGGGGCUGUCGGAGUCGAGGGUGCAAGUGUGGUUCCAAAAUCGGCGAGCCAAGUGGCGGAAGCGGGAGCCUCCCCGGAAGACGAUCUACACGGUCGCAGGGGGGUCGUCGAGCCCAGGGAUGACGGUGUCCUUCGGGAACCUGAACACGAUGAACUCAUUCACGACUUCCGCGACGACGAGCGCACCUCCGGACUGGGCGUACUCCCCGACGUACGACCUGGGACCUCACCUGAACCUGCUGAGUCCGUCGAGCUCGCCAUACCCCAGCUCCUUCGGCGGCCCCAGCAACAAUGGGUCGCCCUAUCCCUACGCGAUGCUUCCGCAGCACGACGCGUCCCUGUUCUCGGCCCCUGCGGGAAACGCCAUGCGCGUCCACCAGGACUACAUGAACGCGAACAACAGUCCCCCGCCGCCGUUGAACCGCGGGGACUACCAGACGAUGGUGACGACCCACUCACCUCCGACCCACAUCGCCGGGUCCAUGUCCGAGGACGAGCACCAACAGGGCAAACAAUUGGAGUACGUAAGCGGACUCAGCCCUGCCGAGAAGUACCAGCACGAGCAGGCGGACUACUCGCAGCAGCAGCAACAGCAGCAGGACCAGAAACAGGAGUACGGGAUGCACUCCCCCCCAGGACGCCAGGGACUGAAGGACCAGGUCAUGGUCAAGAUCGAGCCCACCGCCCAGCAGAACUACGUGCAGCUCCCUCCUUUUUUGAACUGACUCGAACCCUCGGGUUCGGGUCCAGAUUCCAUAC